AUGACGGGCGGUCAGUACGCUAUUACAAACAAUUUACCUAUAUACUAUAUAAAGAGAGAGAGCAGCACUAUUAGAUCAUGGGAUGAGAAUAGUUAUUCUGAUCUCGUUCAGCCCUAUAUAGGCGUGACGCUAAUCUCCCGAACUCCCAAACCGGUGCGUACUAGAAAAAAAGCCCCGUCCCCAACCUCCCACGCGCCGCCUGAUCUCUACCUCCCGUUGCCACUCGCCGCCGCGACCCCCGCCCUCCUGCGGCACCGCAGCCCACGCUGCCCUACGCUGCCGGGCCACACCAGGAACCAAGGUCGUCGCCGUCCCCCACCAGCAUCCUGCGCCACCGCUAGCCACCAACAUCUCGCGCCGCCGCCCGCCCCAUGCUACCGCCGAACUCGCCGCCCCACGCCCCGCCGGCCCGACCACCUGCGUGCCCUUGCCCACCGCCGGCCUGGAUCCCUGCGCGCCGCCGGCCGUGACCACCUGUGCGCCUCCGAGGCGCCGCCCAUCUCCCUGUGCGCCGUCGGCCUUGACCAGCUGCCCGCCGCCGCGGCGCCAAGAUUCAAGUUGGAGGUCCACUACAUGUCCCCAUCUGAUCUCCGGUGCUCCUCCCCCCGAGUUCUUCUCUUCCUCUAUCACCGGAAGCACCCACGGGGUGUGCGUGUGUGUGUGUGUCUAAUUUACUGGAAAAUUUCUCAUUUCCCCUUUUACAACCAUUGAGAUGUUCAGAGACGUUGCAUGAAGUUCUACAACAACUAUACGCCAAGUCCUACUAUGGCUAUGCACUUUUCUUCGCGGUGGUUUGCAUUCCUUGCUGCUACUGGAUACUGGACGUGUGUGAUGUGGGCUUGCUGGACGGGUGUUGGCUAGCUUCAGGAUAGAGAUCAGAACAAAGUUGACCUUCCAUGCCAAGAAUUCAAAUAUGUUCUACUAUUUGUCAUUCAUCUAUGGUAGUUCAUAGUACCACAUGUAUGGUUUUCGUUUGCUGAAUCUACACAAGCCAUGCUGAGUAUUCUUGCUACAA